CAAAAAGGGAAUAUGGUUGACACGUCAAAGAUUUAAAAAAUAAAAAGAAUAUUCACAAUAGUUGUGGACUUGUGGUUACAUAAUUAUUCAUUAAUUAAAGAAAAUUGGAUUUUUAGAAAGUGGGAUUAUAACUAAAUUUAAAGAUUAAAUAUAAGCUUUCCACCAACUCCACCAAAUGAUUCCACUGCCGGCAAGCAUUCAACCUCUCCAACUUCUUCAAAAGCUUACAAUCCUUUAAAUUCAUUUGGCGAAAUUGAAGCUGCAGAAGAAGGUUAAGAUUUUACGAAGAAGAAGAAGAAGAAGAAGAAGAAGAAAUGGUUGGUACGCGGCGGCCGCAGUUCGUGCUGUUCGGAUCAUCCGUUGUUCAGAUGAGCUACAAUGUUGGAGGCUGGGGUGCUAUUUUUGCUGACCUUUACGCGCGAAAGGCGGACGUAUUACUACGAGGAUACUCUGGUUGGAACACGAGGAUGGCUCUCGAAGUCUUGGACAAGGUUUUCCCCAAGGACGAAGCUGUUCAGCCUUCUUUGGUUAUACUAUAUUUUGGUGGUAAUGAUGCAACGAAACCUCACCCAAGUGGCCUCGGUGCUCAUGUUCCUCUUCCUGAAUACAUCGAAAACAUGAAAAAGAUGAUAGCCCAUAUCAAGAGUCUUUCAGACGAGACAAGGAUAAUAUGCCUUACUUCUCCUCCCGUCAACGAAGCAAAAGUUCGUGAACUUUUCGGAAAUGCAUUAGAUGAUCAAGCGCGGACCAAUGAAGGCUGCGGUAUAUAUUCAGAAAAAUUAGUAGAGUUAUGCAAAGAAAUGGACGUUGAGGCCAUCAAUCUUUGGACUGCUAUUCAAGAAAGAAAUGACUGGGCCAAUUCUUGCUUCAUAGAUGGAAUCCAUUUGUCAGCUGAAGGGUCCCAAAUAGUGGUGAAGGAAAUACUGAAGGUGCUCAAAAGGGUAGAUUGGGAGCCAAGCCUCUACUGGUUGAAAAUGCCAUCUGAAUUUCCCGACGAUUCGCCACAUUAUGUCGUUGGCCCUGAUGGUAAAACUACUAUAAAUGUGAGCGGCCAUAUAUGUUCUUGGCAAAGAGGGUGGCUCGACAUUUAGCACAAAAUGCAAGAUGCAAAUUAGAUGGAAAAUUGAAAUUCUGGCAAAAUGUAGCUCUCUGUGCCCAGCUUCUAUUUUCUAUUCUUAAUAAUAUGAGAUUCUCUGUAACUGUUGUAUUUCCACUGCAAUUUGUAAUCCAUACAUUGUGUUUAGUUUAUGGAGCUUAUAGAAUGAACAAAAAAUACAAUUGUCUUGGUGAGAGUUGAUGAACACAAUGCAUAGACAAAUUGUUACUUUAA